AGUGACUAAAUACUUUACCGUAUUGAACAAAGCGAAUUGUUAGCGAAAUAAUAGUGAUCUUAGUAGUUUAGUCGCCUGCAUUUUACAAAUAAACCAAACAAAAUGUUGAUCAAAGUGAAGACGCUAACUGGAAAGGAGAUUGAAAUAGACAUAGAACCUACAGACAAAGUAGAAAGGAUCAAAGAGAGAGUCGAAGAAAAAGAAGGAAUACCGCCACAGCAACAACGUCUUAUAUUUUCGGGAAAACAGAUGAAUGACGAGAAGACAGCACAAGACUACAAAGUACAAGGAGGCUCCGUUCUCCACUUGGUGUUGGCGCUGCGAGGGGGGCACUGAUCUGGCUUGUGAUAGUUCCAACUUCUAUUUAUAAUGCAACUAAUUUUAUUUUUCAUUUCUUGUAUAAAGUGAUUACACUGUA